UUGUGUAAUGCUUUAUUUGCCCACAGCUAUUUUGUCCAGAGACUCUGUCCUGAGAGGGGACUAAAGAAAACAUCCAGCAAAGCACCGGGCAAGGAAGGCCAGGAACAGAGAGCAAGGGCGGCCUUCACUGAGCCUGGGGAUGGAGGUGUACAAUGUAACAGCCCCCUUCAAUUUCUCUCUGCCACCCGGCUUCGGCCAGCGCCCCACAGACAAGGCUCUGAGUGUCAUCCUGGUGGUCAUGCUGCUACUGAUCAUGCUCUCUCUGGGAUGCACCAUGGAGCUGAGCAAGAUCAAGGCUCACUUGCGGAGACCCAAAGGGGUGGUCAUUGCCUUAGUGGCCCAGUAUGGCAUUAUGCCCCUCACUGCCUUUAUUCUGGGCAAGGUCUUCCGUCUGAAGGACAUCGAGGCACUGGCCAUCCUCAUCUGUGGAUGCUCUCCUGGAGGGAACCUGUCUAACCUCUUCACCCUGGGCAUGAAGGGGGACAUGAACCUCAGCAUUGUGAUGACUACCUGUUCCACCUUCAGUGCCUUGGGCAUGAUGCCCCUGCUCUUGUACAUCUACACGAAAGGGAUCUACGAUGGAGAUCUGAAGGACAAGGUGCCCUAUGCAGGCAUUAUGAUAUCACUGGUCAUGGUUCUCAUUCCUUGCACCAUAGGGAUCUUCCUCAAGUCCAAAAAGCCACGGGUUACACCCUACCUCAUGAAGGGAGGAAUGAUUACGACUUUCUUCCUCAGUGUGGCUGUCACUGCCCUCUCUAUCAUCAACGUGGGCAACAGCAUCUUGUUUGCCAUGACACCACUCUUGCUGGCUACCUCCUCCCUGAUGCCUUUCUCUGGCUUCCUGAUGGGCUACAUUCUCUCUGCUCUCUUCCAACUCAAUCCAAGGUGCAGACGCACCAUCAGCAUGGAAACAGGAUUUCAAAAUGUUCAACUCUGUUCUACCAUCCUCAAUGUGACCUUCCCCCCUCAAGUCAUUGGACCACUUUUCUUCUUUCCUCUCCUCUACAUGAUUUUCCAACUUGCAGAAGGACUUCUCUUCAUUUUUGUCUUCCGGUGCUAUAAGAAAAUCAAGACUCCCAAGGACAAAACAAAAAUUAUCUACAAGGCUGCUACAACUGAAGAUGCCAUUCCAGCAACUGUGGAAAAAGGCACCCACAACAGCAAUAUUCCUCCUACACAACCUAGCCCUUCCCCCAACGGCCUGGAUUCUGAGAAGAUGGCAAGUUAGAAAGCCUACGUGAAAAAUCAGCAGCAGUAAGAAUUGAACACCAAGCCUGCCUGAUUGUCUAGCACUUCCAGCAUAUCCAUCAGCAGAAUCAAGAAGCCAAACCUGAGACAGAAGGGCAUCUCUGCAGGAACCAUCACCUAUCCCCCAUUUUCUACUUGUUUAAAUUUGGUAUUUGUUUAAAAACUAAACAAGAGCUGGGCAAUGUAGUUCAUGCCUAUAACCCCAAUGCUCAGAAACUUAAGGUCAACCUUAGUACAAAGACUGUCUCAAGAAACCAAAAAUCCUUUUCAGUGGCUGAGCUCUAUGAAGGCUGAAGCAAACCUGCACUUGCACUGCUCUGUACAGCAGUAUCUGAUAAACAUUAAUGUCACUAUUUCUAAGGGGGUUUUGUUCUCUAAACAGCCACAAUCUGUUUCAAGCUGUAACCAAAGGAAAUAAACUGCCACUAACAGUUCUAAACUUAUGAAA